UACACACUUUUAUCUUGCUAUCAAUAAUCUUAUUCGAGACAAUGUAGGAGACUGAAUUAUUGAUAACUUUUGCGUUGAUUACGAUGAAUCCUAGACUGAUGGUUCUCAUCUCGGUUGAAAGUAGAAUCUUCCACAUGAAUUUUAACUAACAUUUCGCGUGUCAUCCUGCUGUUUGUAAUGCUCCAAAUGUUGUGUUCGUGUUAAAAUGUUGAUAAAAUUGUUUACCUACUUGUAAUUCAUGAUCAGUUUUGUGAAAUCCAAAUUCUUCAUGGGAUAUUAAUGGAUAUUCUUUGAGCUCGAUUCUAUGUAGAGCGACCGGUGCGGUGCUUCUUGGCGCUCAGCGAUGGAGCGGAUAACCAUGGCUGAUUCCGACUCGGAUCUCGAUGACGAGUUUGAAGAUGCCUUCGAGACGCAGCCUAUCCCGUGCGAAAUGGAUUUGGAUACAGCCCUGGACGAGGCCAAGACUGCGAUCAACCUAUUCUUCAAUAACAAAUUCAACGAAGCCAAAGAAAUGAUGAAACCCUGGGUUGGAACCAGUAUGUAUCACACAAUAGGGAAUUCUGUAUUCGAUUUCUUAGAGGCUGUCCUAACUUUUAACCAGCAUAGUAUCCAAAAAGCGGGAGAGUCACUGAAAGAUGCCAUCCAACUAUGCAAUUACUAUCGGAAAAAGAACACCUUCUCCGAAUCGAUAGGGAAAAUGGUUAGACGUACCAACUAUGAUGUUUACACCAACGAGGAAGUUCAUGCUGAGCUGUGUUUUGCAGAAUCGUUGCUCUUAAAAGCUUUACUUUCAUUCAUUGAAGAUGAAACACUAGUCAGUUUUAUUAGAGCUGGACUGAAAAUUCGUUCUUGUUUUAAUUCUUAUAAGGAAUGUAGUCAUAUUUUAAAUCAUAGGAAUUGGGCCAAGAAAGAACCUCACAAAAUACACUUUGAAAGUGGAGUUCGAGUUGGAAUAGGUGCUUUUAACCUAAUGAUCUCUCUUCUUCCUACUAGGAUAAUUAAGUUAUUGGAAUUUAUAGGAUUCUCUGGAAGUAAAGAACUAGGAUUACAAGAAUUAGAAGCCAGUUAUGGUUUAACUCAAGGUCUGAGACAAGUCUUAUCUGUCAUGACGCUACUAAGUUAUAAUCUUAUUGUCGUCUAUGUUUUUAGUCAUACCGAUGGUGAUUUGCAAUUUUGUGAUACUAUUCUUAAAAAACAAUUGAUGUUGUAUCCUGAGGGAGCUUGGUUUCUCUACUUCAAGGGUCGUCUAGAAUUUAUGAGGGGUAAUCUGAAGGAGGCCAAUUCGUGGUACACCAAGUCUUGGAAAUCUCAAAACACUUGGGUUCAAUUCCAUCACAUCUGUUUCUGGGAACUUCUGUGGACCAAUAGUAUUAAUUUAGAUUGGAAAGAAGCCAAUAUUCAUGCAACCAGUUUGUUGAAUGACAGUAGAUGGUCCAGGACAAUCUACAGUUAUCACAAAGUCUCCAUCAUGCUUAUGUAUUUUGACGACCUCUCUGGUGAAGAGCAACAGGCCGUAGUAAAUUUAAUGAGGAAUGUACCUCGUUGGAAGCAGAGGAUUGCGGGCAAAUCGAUUCCGAUGGAGAAAUUUUGCGUAAAGAAGUCUAAGAGAUUCUUCUUGCAGAACAACAAGUUGAUAUUGCCUGCCUUGGAACUUAUCUAUGUUUGGAAUUUGUUCAAAGUCAUAGGAAAGAAGCGAGAGUUGAGUGAUCGAUUUUAUAAGGUUAUCUCUGACGCAGAGCUCAAAUUUGAAAAAGACCCUGAACAAUAUGGUUCAGAAUUUGAGGCAGAUAAUCGUGCUCUACUCUACUUACUCAAAGGUGCGUGUUUGCGUCGAAUGAACAAUCCCAUGUUAGCAGAGGAGAAUCUCAGGAAUGUUGUCGCUCUGGAGAAGAAAAUCAAAGAGGACAACUAUUUAGUGCCGUAUGCUCUGGUCGAGUUAGGCAUCAUGUUCCACGAAGGUGGCGACAAUCAGAGAGCUAUCCAAACUUUAGAUGACGCCAAGAAAAACUACACGGGUUAUUCUUUAGAGUCAAGAUUACAUUUCCAGAUGCAUUCUGCAAUGAUGGAGCUACAGAGCCUGAAGCAUUCGAACAAAAACUAGUAUUUCUUUUUUUUUUUUCUUGUACUUGUUUAAAUGAGUCAUUCCAGUCUUAGAAACAAUUCGACACUGUUAAUUUUAUACUUUUUCAAAGUUUGUUCCGAUUUUUCUUUCCUUUUCUGAAGGAUUGUAAGCUUACUGCAUAAUGGAAAUUUAAUUUUUAGUGGAAUGAUCAAGACAAAGUCACGGAAGCUUAGUGAAGCCAUCAUUAUUGCCUUGGUCACAGUUCUUUAUCAAUUUUUUCAUUUUUCUCUACUUGUUAAGAAACCGAAUGACAAACCACUUAUUAUCAUAUCGGUAGCUAAAGUGCAAAAUCAUUUAUCUCUGUUUGCGACGUUGCAGACUUCCUGUCAUACUCUUUUUCUUUUCUUUGGAAGACUAGUCAACGUAAUUUCUUGGAAACUUCUUAGAUGUUUCAUCUCCAUUAGCAGAAUAUUCUGUAUUAAGGAGGGGUAUCAGUAAGUGCCAAUUUGGGGGCAGACCUUGAAUUCCUCAACUCAACGAGUUUUGCUCAUGUAAGGUCUAUUUUCUGCAGAAUAUAUCAGGAUUUAGUCAUUUUUAGUCUUUUUUUGGGUCCAAUACUGGCCUGAUCAUGGGUCUAAAGACCACUUUCGGCGAAAAAGGCGAGUUUAACAUUACAUACUUUAUGAACAGCUCCAUGACAUAGUAUAUACUCAUGCACCACCAUUAUCUACUAUGUAAAAAAUCACGCACCCUUCUUAUUCUUUGAGUGGCAAUAUUCAAAAAUUUGGACAUUCAAACAACAGUACAAAAUAGUACAAGGACUGAAAAGCAAAAUGAAAGUUAUGAAAUUACAUCAUUCUAGAUUGACACAGAAGUCUUAAGGUGUCGAACUGUCACUCAAUAUGUGCCCCCUUUUUUCUCAUCCUUUUUACAAAAAGUUUGUCUUGCAUCUUCUACAUGCAUUUUACAAUGAAAAAUUCGGGUUCAAGUCUUACGUAAAAGAAGAGUGGUGGAUGAGUAAAUACAAGAAUAAAUACAUUUACUUGUCUUUGUACUAAGACUACGAUCAUGCCAAAUAAUUUCAUGAUAUUUUUUAUGUACCUGAGUUUCAAAAAAAAAAAAAUUCUGUAUAUUAUGUAGACUUUAUCUAUCUGUCAUUUCAGGUUUAUUUUUUCUCAUAAUUAUUUGUAUGUAAGUUAGUAGAUCUGUAUGUUGGUCUGAAUGAAAUAUGCUCUCAAGCCAGAUUAAUCGGGAAAGUUAUACUACUUUCUAAAUCAUCUAGUGAUUUAAAAUAUUACUGUCCGGAAAUCAUGGGUCAGUUACACAAGCUAAAGAAUUGUAGAUACCCAAUAAUUCAAUAAAAAUCAAGACAUCGAUCCAAAUACCUAAAUCCUCUGUCACACAUUAUUGGAGAUGACGUCAAUUGGAAAAAAAGGUUGAUGAUCUCCACUAAUGUAGGAUGUAUAAAGUAUGCAUUUCAACCAAUUUCCUAAUCAACACUAUCACAUUAGUAUCUACUCUACCGUUAUCCACUUCAUAGCAGUUGCCAAGAAAUGCUAUCAGUCUACGUGUGAUGAAUCUCUAAUGCACUACAUUUUUUUCUUCCUGUUCUUAUCCAUCCAAUUAGGACUUAACUUUACCUGUAGAUAAACAAAAUUACUGUAAAUCCCCAGUUAUGUAUUUAGGUAAUUAUUGGGUCCAGACCCCAUCUAAAUAAUCAAAUUUCGGGGCUCACUUCAAAACUAACUGUUACGCAGAUACAUAGUAUAAUUAUGGGAUUUCAUUCCUCUGAUUGCUGAUAUCACUUCUUUUCAAAGUACUUUUAUCAUACUUAGAGCAAGUUUCACACCUAUUUUUUCUUUUGCAAGUAUUGUAAAUGACUAGUGAGUGAAGUGGAAGUGAAAGCCAAUUGAAGAGAGCAUUUGUUUCUCCAAGUUUACCCACUUCCCAACCAAUGAUUUGAAAAUCAUAAACUCAGCAUGAAUUUGAGAAAAUACUAAUCUUUCUCUAUACUCAUACUUAUUUGCCAACCUACCUUGGAUCGUGUUCUCCGUAACAUCCGAUACAACAUAUCCAUGUCAGUGGGUGAUAACAAUUCACUUUAAGUUUCAAUGAAAGACAUAAUGGUUUUUUUUCACUUACAGUGCCAAUCUUCCGAAUAAGUAAGACUAAUAAAAUUUGUCUCUAUUUUUACAUGCAUAGGUUAGUUCCUUCCCACUCCAUAGGAUGAAAAAUUUACAAUACAAUUUGUUCCUUUAAUCCUCAACUUAUUUGAAACAGUUCAGCCUUAAAUCCCAGUUAAAAUCCUAUCAAUAUUUUCGAUUAAAAGUAAUUUUCAUCAUAUUCAGUGAUUCACAUAAAUGGACCAUUCAUAAAGUCAUACCUCUAGUGUGACCAAUAAUCAUGUGAGCCUAACUGUAUGCUCAAUGAGAACACCACAUUUUUUCAUGUGUUGAUUUUUAGAGUAUCAUUAGUGGAUCAUGGAUGGUAUUUUUUUUUCUCAUAAUUUUUUUCAAAACAGUUUACUUUUAAUCUGUUGCUCUAAUUUUGAAUUUUCGUAAUUCAAAGUUUCACCUAAAACCAUAUUUUUUCUACGUUAUCAUUAUUGUUAUGUUGAAUUUAGUGUGAGUAAAACUUAUUAAAGGUGCUGUUAAUUCCUUUAUUUUUCUAUCAAAUCAUAAUAUCAUUGUAAGGUAUACAGGUAUCUUAUUUUAUUAGCGUUGGUCAGUUAAUUUUCCCUGGAAUCAUUCUUAUUAAUUAUCAUUCGCAUUUAUUUUCUUACUUUAUGUGUCAAGUCCCAUUCACUUUUGUGACAGUGGACAUAAUGAUUUUAAUCAUAGUGUGCAUCAAAGUCUGUCUUUGAGUGUAUCUCUUUUCUUAUUUUUAUGUUAAACCUAAGGACUCUUAAAAGAAUUGCUGAGUCAACAUUUGUUCAUGGCAGACAUGUAUUACUUUCAAAUUCUAGAAAGUAUUUGUAAUCACAGAUUUCCCCCUUUUUCACACACCAGAACUCCUCUAAUCACAAACUCAGUAAAAAUUUAGCUAGUCCUCUCCAGCCAUAACUAAUGAUAUUUUUGACAUAAAAACUCUUUCACAAGAAGUCCUUGAUAAAUAAUUAUCACUAACUGAAAAAAAGCAAAAAAAUAUCAGGAUCCCUCAAGUGGAAGGGUCAAUUUGUUUUUGUAAAAUAAGUAUCUGCAAAAGUUAGGAAUAUCAGGAUUUUUCAAUGAAAAAAUAUUUUCCACCUCACUUAUGAGGCACAUGUUUGCAAAA